UAUAUAAGUGACUGUGCUGGAUGUCUUUGUGAUGGUAGAUUAGAAUCCAGAAUCAAUUCGUUUCUUCGCCGUCUCUACUGCUUAGCACUUAGCACUACGAUUUCCACUACGACCGGACCAAACCAGACUAUACCACACGCGAGAAUCAUGUCUCCGAAGCCAAUUGUCCUCUACAUCCAUCCUUCUGGCCCCAACCCAUGGAAAGUGGUCGCAGUCCUCGAGGAGCUCAGCAUCCCCUACGAGACGAGGUUCCUCCACGGCGCAGCCAUCAAACAAGAGCCGUUCAUCUCCGUGAACCCCAACGGUCGGCUCCCUGCCAUCGAGGACCCCAACACAAACAUCACGCUGUGGGAGUCCGGGGCGAUCCUCGAAUACCUCGUCGAGACGUACGACAAGGAGCGCACAGUCAGCUUCGAGCCCGGCACGCCCGAAUACUUCCACGCGAAGCAGUGGCUUCAUUUCCAGAUGUCCGGCCAGGGGCCGUACUUCGGCCAGUUCGUGUGGUUCUCGGUUCACCACGCCGAGAAGAUUCCCAGUGCGCAGGAGCGCUAUCUGAAUGAGGUCAAGAGGGUGUCUGGAGUGCUGGAUAAGUUCCUGGAGGGUCGCGAGUGGCUGGUCGGUGGCAAGUUCAGCUACGUGGAUGCGGCGUUUUUGCCGUGGUUUGGGAUCAUGGGCAGAUUUACUGGCGAUGCUAUCGAUCUGGAGAAGGAUUUCCCGAAUCUCGAUGCCUGGUUGAAGAGGCUGAAUGCUAGACCUGCUAUCGCCAAGACUCAGAAGGAUAGGGCAGCGGCGGCUGAGAGCCACAAGUAGGAGUUGCACCCUGGUUGUAGAGAAGAUUUGGUUUUUUGAUGUUCAUAUUGAGAUUUGCGUUUCUUUGUAAUUAAUUUUGCGAAUAGUGAUUGAAUGAUGUGUCUUAAGUCUCCGCAUGAUCGG